AUGACAGAGGGAAAUGAGACAUUGGUGACAGAGUUCAUCCUGGUGGGCCUCUCUCAUCAUCCCCAGGCACAGACUGCAUUCUUCUGGCUCUUGUUGAUUGUCUAUAUGGUGACCCUGAUGGGGAAUGGGCUUAUUGUAGUGUUGAUAGUUGUUGACCGCCAGCUUCACACCCCCAUGUACUUCUUCCUCAGCAACCUCUCCUUCCUUGACAUCUGCUACUCAUCCAGCUCUGCCCCACAGAUCCUGGAGAACUGUUUUGCAGAGAGACCCACUAUUUCCUUUAACAAAUGUUUGGCCCAAAGUUAUAUUUGCGUCUGUCUAGGUAUAAUGGAAUGCCUCCUGCUGGCUGUCAUGGCCUAUGACCGCUUCAUAGCCAUCUGUAACCCACUGCACUAUACCAUCAUCAUGAGUGGGAGGGUCUGUGGGCAGUUAGCAGCAGGAUGCUGGAUAGUCAUUCAGCCAAAACACUUGUGUGGACACAACAUCAUCAACCAUUUCACCUGUGAACUUCAGGCAGUGCUCAAACUAGCAUGUUCUGAUACACACAUCAAUGAGUUUGUCAACUUGGUCACUGGCAUGCUGGUUCUUGUGACACCUUUUAUCUUCAUCAUGGUGACAUAUGUGCACAUUGGCCAGGCUGUGCUGCACAUCCGCUCAGCUCAGGGCAGGAGCAAAGCUUUCUCCACCUGUGGCUCCCACCUGACUGUGGUCAGUAUAUUCUAUGGCACGGCCAUGUUCAUGUACCUGCGGCCUCAAUCCAAAUUGUCCUCUGACCAGGACAAGCUCAUUGCUGUGUUCUAUGGACUCGUUACUCCCAUGUUGAACCCCCUGAUCUACAGCUUGAGGAACAAGGAUGUGAAGGAGUCUGUAAGGAAAGUAAUCACAAGGACAAUAUUUGUGUAG